CACCGGUUAGACGUGUGCAGUUAGCAUUCUAGAUGAAGUAACAACGUUGCCGAGCCCUCGUCGCAAUCAAUAACAGUUUGGUCGUCAUUGGAGUUGUAAAAACGGUUAAAUUUGCAUGACCUCGGCUGCUAGUCACAAUGACAUUAAAUAAUUUCUUGCUGCCUUUCGCCGUCUGUCUGCUGUGUAAUCAAUUUGGAAACUGUGCCGGUGCGGUAACAUCUCCGACAAAUGGAAAUGCAUCGAAAGGCGAAAAUGAACUCCAUACAGAACUCUUUGAACGGAGGAAUUAUAACAUUCACGUGCGACCAGUGGCAAAUGAUUCCGUCGUUCUGAAGCUAUACUUAGGAAUGGCACUGAUCAACAUCGUGAAACUUGAUGAAGAGCUCCAGGUUUUACAUACUAAUACCUGGUUUCGUAUGUCGUGGAACGAUAGAAAUCUGACCUGGACGCCUAGUGACUAUGGCAACAUAACAAUGAUACGUGUUCCUAGUUCGCUAAUAUGGAAGCCGGAUAUCUAUCUUUACAACACCGCCCGUGCCGACUUCGAACACUUUUCUAGCACCGUGAAAGUUCUCAUAAUGUCCGACGGUAGGGUGCUCUGGGUUCCACCGGCGCUGUUCAGUAGCUUCUGUCCAAUGAACUGGCGAUACUUCCCGUACGACACGCAGGCGUGCACGCUCAAGUUCGGCUCUUGGACGUACAACGGAAAUCUGGUCGAGAUCCAUCCAUUCAGCGGCGACGAGCCGUCCGUCGACAUGACCGACUACGUGCCGCAUAGCGAGUGGGAAGUCGUCGGCGCCGACGGUCGCAUCAGCACCGUCUACUACCCGUGCUGCCCCGAGCCGUACAUGGACGCCAGCUUUACGCUGACGCUGCGCCGUCUGGCGGCGCCGUACGUGUACGCCGUGAUUCUGCCGUGCGUCGUCGUCGAGGUCGUCACGCUGGCGACGUUCUGGCUGCCGCUCGACGCGAAGGAGAGGCUGACGACGGGCAUGCUGAACCUCGUCGUGCUGGUGAUUCUCAACUCAGACAUGUCGCAGAUGCUGCCAACUAAGUACGGAUCGACGGCGCCCUUUAUUGUAACCAUGUACGACUUUACGUUCGUCAUGCUGGUCGUGUCACUCAUCUUCUCGAUCGGCUCCCUCAACGUGCAUCACCACAUCGUAUUCGGCUCGAUGCCUGCCUGGAUACGCUCGCUGUUCCUGCAAGUUCUCAGUCGCCUACUGUUUGUCGACACCAAGGCGACGUCGGGCCGCACGCACGCCAACCGACAGCUAGCAGACGAAACCGCAGCCGACAACAUGGACGAAGCACACCGGGCCGAGCGGGACGCGUACGCUGCGAUUCACAACGAGUGGAAACAAGUCGCGAAAGUCAUCGACAGGCUGCUGUUUGUCAUCUUUCUAAUUUGCUUCGUAAUUGCCUGGAUAAUAUUCGCGACGUACAGUAGUGGUUAGAGCCACGCGUUGUGGUGGUAGGUACACCUACACGAAAGUGUACGAUCACGAAGAAGCAUCAGAAGAGCGCGCAAUAGGCGCGCAAGCAGCAUAUUUACAUAUUUGCUCUGGCGCAAAUACGAAUUCUCUAGAAGUACAACUUACACGUGUUUAAAUCGGCAAUAGCAGGAGUAAAUAAUCGCAAAUAAAAAUUAAUCAAUUUGUGAUUAUUUACUCCUGGUAAUGAAUAUACAGCAAAGGUUUACCGCCAUUGAUCGUUCCAGUACCCAGUAGACCUCCCCGUAGACUCAGUUCUGAGCCAUGUAUGCAAAUACUACAUUAAUUGUUCGCAAUAGCGUCAUAAAAUCAAUCUAAACGUGAUGCUAUGCAUGCAUGGGUAAGGUGCUUAGAUAGAUUGAUAACUCGAUCCAUGCAUUCAUUGUUUGAAAGUUCAAUGUCACGGUAGAUAUAAAUAACAGAUUUGUUGUUUCCAUUUGUUUUAGUUAUUUUUUUGUAACAAACCUAUACCAACUGGUUCACUUUGUUCAAGGGAUGCAAUUGAAAUGCGUUUACAGUUCCCGUGCGAAUAGUCACCUAAUUUUGUUUAUAUUAUAUGGACUGGUUCAUAUUUCAAAAAG